GGCGUGAAUUGAGGCAGACUCCCUGCUUCAGCAGCAACUCACCCAAACCAGAAGCAAAAUGUCCCUGAAGUUGCCAAGAAACUGGGAUUUCAACCUGCGAGGGGAGGCUGGGAAAAUAGCUCGGUCAAGGAGCGUGAUGACCGGAGAGCAGAUGGCGGCCUUUCACCCUACAUCCACCCCCAACCCACUGGAAAGACCCAUCAAGAUGGGCUGGCUGAAGAAGCAGAGGUCCCUCGUGAAAAACUGGCAGCAGAGGUACUUCGUGCUGAGGGCACAGCAGCUCUAUUACUACAAGGACGAGGAGGAUGUGAAGCCACAGGGUUGCAUGUAUCUACCAGGGAGUACAAUCAAGGAGAUCGCCACAAACCCAGAAGAAGCCGGGAAGUUUGUCUUUGAAGUCAUUCCAGCCUCAUGUGACCAGAGUCGCACAGGACAGGACUCCUAUGUCCUCAUGGCCAGCUCGCAGGCGGAAAUGGAGGAGUGGGUUAAAUUCCUUAGGAGAGUUGCUGGCACACCCUCUGGAGCGGUGUUCGGCCAGCGCUUGGAUGAGACCGUGGUCUAUGAGCAGAAGUUCGGCCCCCACCUGGUGCCCAUCCUGGUGGAGAAGUGUGCCGAGUUCAUCCUGGAGCAUGGCCUGAAUGAAGAGGGCAUCUUCCGACUGCCUGGGCAGGACAACCUGGUGAAGCAGUUGAGAGAUGCUUUUGACGCAGGGGAGCGGCCCUCCUUUGACAGAGAUACAGAUGUGCACACAGUAGCCUCCCUGCUGAAGCUCUACCUCCGAGACCUCCCAGAGCCAGUGGUCCCCUGGAGCCAGUAUGAUGGGUUCCUGCUCUGCGGGCAGCUCAUGAAUGCAGAUGAGGCAAAGGCUCAGCAGGAGUUGAUGAAGCAGCUCUCCAUCCUUCCUCGAGACAACUAUAGCCUCCUGAGCUACAUCUGCAGGUUUCUCCAUGAAAUCCAGCUGAACUGCGGAGUUAACAAGAUGAGUGUGGACAAUCUGGCUACUGUGAUUGGUGUGAAUCUCAUCAGGUCGAAGGUCGAAGAUCCUGCUGUGAUCAUGAGAGGGACUCCUCAAAUCCAAAGAGUGAUGACCAUGAUGAUCAGAGACCAUGAAAUCCUCUUUCCCAAGUCCAAGGAUGCACCCUUGUCACCCCCUGCCCCCAAAAAUGACCCCAAGAAACCUCCAGUGGCGCGAAGCUCUGUGGGCUGGGAUGCCACUGAGGACCCUCCAAUUUCUAGGACAGACAGCAUCAGUAACAUGGCCAGCGACUCAGAUGCAACCAGCCCCACUGGACAACGGCCAAGUGAUGGGUGUCUAGAAGACAAAGCAUCCAGGGAAAAGCCAGGAGAUUGGAAGCUGCAGUCACGAAAAAGGACUCAGACACUCCCUAACCGGAAAUGCUUCUUGACAUCAGCUUUGCAAGGAUCCAACAGCUGCAAAGUAGAGAUCUUUAAAAAUGAGUUCUGGUCAUCUUCUUUGGAGGGGAAGGCAGGGGAUGGGCACAGGAGAACGAUAUCUCAAGGUGUGCCACAGUUUUUCGACUCCCAGCGGACUUCCACCUACGAUAACGUCCCCACCCAGCCGGGGUCCCCUGGGGAUGAAGCCGGUACACUAUCAUCCCAGGUCUGUGACUCCAAGAGAGAUGCUCUUGCCAGCCUAAACUCUGAAACCGAGCCUGGGAAAAAGAACUCCGGAGAAGAGGAACUUGAAUCUUUGCAGAGGAUGGUCCAGGAGCUGCGAAAGGAAAUAGAAACACAGAAGCAAAUGUAUGAGGAACAAAUUGAAAACCUUGAGAAGGAAAAUUAUGAUGUGUGGGCUAAGGUGGUGAGGCUCAGUGAAGACCUGGAGAAGGAGAAGAAGAAGUCUGCAGCCUUGGAAAUCAGCCUCCGCAACGUGGAGCGCUCCCGGGAGGAUGUGGAGAGGAGGAACAAGGCCUUGGAAGAGGAUGUCAAGGAAUUUGUCAAAUCGAUGAAGGAGCCCAGGACCGAUGCUUGAGGGUCCCAGGAGCACCACGGAGACAGCCUGCAGAGACCCAGCAAUGCUCCCUUUCUCGCUGCUAGCUGAUGGCCAGGAAGCAACAUUCCUCCCUAAGAAGGAGAGGACACUCUCGGGGGGAAAACAUCACAUUUCCCAGUAGAUAAAUCAGUGGAGUUUGCAGGAGGACAAAGGUGAGCAGGGACUUGUGUGGACAACGCCGAGCCCUGGGGCUGUAUUCAAAGGGAUUGCAUUAUUCCACCGUGGUCUCAGGCCGAGUGAAGCGGCACCUCCCGUGGCUGAAUGGCUGUGUCCAAUGGCGACUCUGCUGCAGGCCACAUCCCAGGACCCAGGCAACAGGCUGACCCCAACAGAGGCUGGACUGAGGAGUUGGUUCUUUGUUUCCUGUGUGGAACAUUUCACCUAGUCAGAUGGCCUCUGGGUGUCUCUGAGACACAGGGGCCAAAAAUGAUACUCAGCUUGUGAUUUCUCAGCCACGGUGGGCUGUGUUCUGAGGGGCUGCACCUACUGAAGCCAGGACCCCAUUCUGCCACCCCGCCCCCGUGAUGCACACUCUCCAGGGCCGCAAACUCGAAAUUAGUAUUAGGCAAAGACAAAACAAGCAGUAAACUGGAUUUAUGAAAGCAAAAGCAAUUAGAAAAUUAGAUUCAAAUAAAAAAAAAAUAAAGCAGGGCUAUUGACAAUCCGUACAACACCAUUAUGAGAGUAAAAGUCUCCCCUGCCUGGGGUCAGAUGCACCCCCUCUCUGGGCACAUGGCUUGAUGAGCAGAUCACGGGCUGCAUUCCAAUCCCACUUGCCUUUCAGGGGCCACGACUGCAUAGGGCAGGCCCACUAUGAUACAGCUUCCUUAGAUGCUAGUUGGGUGUUUAGAUAGUAACAGUCAUGAUAAUAAUAUUUCUCCUGUUUCACCAAAAUGCAAGUGAUUUUACUCUUUAAGGGGACCUGAGGCACUAGAGAAGAACUGGGAGAGAGGCUUUCCCAGCCGACAGCUGACUUUUCCUUCUGCAUUAAGCCACCCUGGCCAAGGUCCCUGGUGAGGCCCCAGCCCUUGAUAGAUAGGAUGGUGGAGUCUUUAGUGGUUUUUGUCAUUGUUCUAGUUAGGUGGUCUCCAAGCUCUUUUGACCAUGUACCCCAUCAAUAGAAAAUAUUUGAGCAUACAUUCCUCAAUAUAGGUAUAUUUAUUUAUUUAUAAAUUAUACACAUGUACUACUGUAUUGCUAUAACAUAAAACAUACACAGGACAAAAAUUGAAUCAUGAUGAGAUAGAAACAAAUAUAAGUAGAUAUUCUCAAGUGUGCUUUUAGCUCUGGAAACUCCUGGCCCAAUUUCCCAGCAGGUAUUACCUGUACUAAUGUUACAUAGUUCAUCCCAUUACUCCCAUAAUUUUCUUGAACUCUUGAAGCCACGUGGCUGAAUUAGUGGUUUGGAAUCUCCGGUUACCACAGUGAGAGUUUAGCCUUCUGCAGCAUCUGUGUCUCCUCCUUUAUUCCUUUCUCUCCCUUCGUUUUCUCCCUUUUUCUCCUCCUCUCUGUGUUUUCUUCACUCUGGUUAUUCCCCACUGCCCGUGGCCAUGACAUAUUACUCACAGAGUGAAAGGGAUGGACAGGGGGUCAGUGUUUCUCAAUCCUGCUACCCAGGCCCUGCUCUGUCCACCUCCAGCCCCCCAAGGACCAGACUGACAGAGGACUAGGAUGACACCUAGAGCUCCUCGUAGAGACUUGCUUACAGUAGAUUGGGGGUGGGGAGACUGAUUUGGAACUUUAUUAAGUAAAGCAAUAAAAUAUUUGA